GCUGCUUUGACUAGAGCUUGACCUCUUCUCCCAGUGAAGGAACGAUCCCGCUAACGAUACAGAGAAAGAGGGAAAUCGAAAACUCGUCAGCUAAAAGAAAGAUUCAGCGAAGAUGAGUACCAUGAAGUUCUGUCGCGAAUGUAAUAACAUCUUGUAUCCGAAGGAAGACAGGGAGCAGUCGAUACUCCUCUACGCCUGCCGUAAUUGCGAUCACCAGGAAGCAGCGGAUGACAACUGUGUUUACAGAAACGAGGUUCACCAUUCUGUUAGUGAACAAACUCAGAUCCUCUCUGACGUUGCCUCUGACCCGACUCUUCCCCGCACCAAGGCCGUGCGCUGCGCCAAGUGUCAACACGGCGAAGCUGUCUUCUUCCAGGCUACUGCUAGAGGUGAAGAAGGAAUGACUCUGUUCUUCGUUUGCUGCAACCCUAAUUGUGGCCAUCGCUGGAGAGAAUAGACACUAGUACUUGUUUACAUUGAUUUCCCCUCUGUAAUCUGUUCUUGACUUACUCUGCUGGAAGUGUUUCAGUUUGGAGUUUUCUGUGUGUUCAAAUAAAUAUGCAUACUGUGGCGGUUAUUCUCGAUUUUUCAGGGUCUUUUGUGAUAAUUUUCUUUUUACCUGAGUCUAA